AUGUACUUUCUGAUCUUCUUCGCAUGCGUGCUGGGCUUCGUGCUGCUCGAGCGCGUUGUGCAUGCGGGGAUCACGCUGUUCUCCGACCGGUCGAUGCAGCCCACCAAGAGGCUUGCAUCGAUGUCGGUGCUCGGGACGUUUGUUGACAACGUCUUCUCGUUUGUUGGGUUCUACACGGACAUCGCUGCGCAGUCGCUGGGAUACAUCGCGAGGAACCUGGUCUGGUUUGGCAUCCUGGUGCUCCUCAUGGCGUUCCUCUCGAUCCUGCUGGAAUUCGCACCGGGGGUCGCGGUAUCGUUUGUCGACGUCUACAACUCGGGGGUUGGGGAGUACCUGCAUUUCGUGUUUGUCAUACCCUUGGAGAUGCUGGAGAUGUUCUUCGGGCAUAUCCUCGCGAUCUACAACUGCCUCACGUGGAUUGUAAAUGGUGUCGUCAGCCAGAUCUUCCUCCCCACCGUCAUCGCCGACAUGGCCAACCUUGGGAACCUGGCGAGGUUCGGCACGGCCUUCUUUAAUUUCUGCACCCAGAUCAUGAUCUCCAUCAGCAACUAUCUCAUCAACGUCGUGGGCUGUGCCAGCAACCCAAAGGCAGGGCUGCAGGCAGGGCCCGCGGCAAGCCCUCUGAUCGCCAACGUCACGGGCUCGCUGGAGUGCUUCGAGCCCGGGAUGGUGAACCUCGACCUGAUCACACCCGCCGCAGACCUGCGGGAUAUGGUCCUCUACAUGGUGCGGUUCAUCAGGUUCGGUUGCUCGGCAGCCAAUGCCGUGAUCGACAUCCUGAGCUUCCCUCUCAGUGACAUGAACCUCUACAAGGGGAUACACUGCAUCGUGAAUUCCUUGCUGAACCUCUUUGUGCAGAUGCCCUACAUCACCGCACACCGAUGCGUGUACGGGAAGAGCCUCCCGAUGGCCACAGUGCAGCAGCAUAUCCUCUGUGCCCCCGACAUCCGGCCAUCGGUGGGGCUGAUGACCGCCGGGUUGAGAUACAUGGGGAAGGUCGUUGACAACUGGCUUGAUAUCGUUCUCGUGAUCCUGCAGGCGCUCUUCACCGGCUCUGCACCUACUUGUGAUCCCGUCCCGAUACAGCUGAGCUACACGGAUGCGGACAGCGCCGCGCUCUUUGGAUCCAACCCCCGCACGCUCGUGGGCCUGACACCGGGGAUGUAUGCGGUGACGGACGGCAGGUCGACGGAGUACAACAUAUUCUACAAGCAGGUGCAGAGGGAGGUGGCGUACAACAACUGGCCGUUCCCGGUGGAGACAGCGUACGGCAUCGCGGCUGUGAAAUACGGGGAGCUCCCCGAGGGAGACGAUGCUGGGCACUUCUCCACCGGCAUGCUGGGGUGCGAGUGCCUGGAUAUUGCCGGGGAGGGGGUGAGGAUCACCUGUGCCAUCGUCCCCUACCUCUCCCGUGCCAAUGUGCAGUUCACCGCCGGGAUGAUGCAGGAGGUCCUGCAGAGCUAUGUCAACGGAGACAAGUACCAGACGAUGGCUGCGAAUUCCACCAAUGCAACGCAGAAGAUCCCCGUCAGCUUCGCCAUUCCGAGCUCCAGCCAGUAUGUCACCUGCAAGAGGCUGAAGAUCGAGGUGCAGUCUUUGCGCUGGCCCGCGAGCAGGGUCUCUGCAAGCACGGUGUCUGCCAACUCCUGGAAUCAGAUCAAAGGUGCGACACAGGUGGACAGCUCCCUUCUCAACGCUCAGAAUCAGGCGGACGCCGCCAUCUACGUGAUGCCGCACUGCUCCUUCUCGGGUGUCCCCGAUCCGGCCUGCAUCCCUGGUUUCACCGGGUUCUCCUGCUACCCGUAUUGCAUCGGGAUCCACCUGACGGGGAGUGUGAACCAGGGGAUCGUGCUCUACGGCGCCAAUGACUGGAGGGACUCCGUGCAGUAUAUCCUGAGAGACUGCGGCGUUGCUACCUCCUCGGCGGGUGCGCUGAUAUCCUCGCUGUCCUCCACCGCCAAGGCAAGGUUCCAGAUUGUCAACGGCGUGGUGUCCGAUGCCGCCUCGCAGAUGAGCUGGGACCCUGCUACACAGACCUGUGUGAACAGCAAGGAUGUGGCAUCGAGGAUGGAUCUGAAUGUCACCCCCGCCUACCAGUUCCCGCAGGACGUCAGCACACCGACGAUCCGCGAGACCUACCAACCCUUUGUCUUUGCAGGCGAUGUGGUCUUGACGGCAUACCAAGACGGCCUGGCGCAGUGGAAUGUGAAGGUAUCGAGGAUCUUCGGGCAGGACGACUACACCUACAGGCUUGUUGACCUUCCGGGCCUGAUCCCGGCACACGACAUAUGCCUAGGGAGCAAGUCUUGCUCUAGCACCGUGCAACCCAACGAGAUUGGCAUCCCCUAUGCCUACCAGGCCUACCCCGAGAUCUACAACCCGUCGACAACCAGCGAAUGGGCGAUCCUGUACGCCACCAACCCGAACCCAGAGGUCUACCAGGCCUUCUCGGACUAUUGCGCUGGCCUCAACGCCGGUUUCUCCAUCACCGUAGACUCCAGCUACGGCAUGAUCAGGGUUUGGAAGUUCAAUGCAUUCUCCCUGGAUCAAUCGCAGACGACAGGGGCGGCGGUGAUGACAUGGACGUUCGAGGGCUUCAACGGGAAUCAGGCGGUGAGCAAUUGCGGUGCGCUCUACAACAUGUCGGUCGUGCAUCUGGAGUACAUUAACGAGUACAAUGUCGCCGUGACGGUGUUGCAGUCCAGCAUGCAAAGCUUCGAUACCGUCACUAGACAGCCGAGGGCCGGUUACAGCGGGUAUGCCUACGCCGUCUACUUUGUGAACCCCGCCACAAACGAGGGCCCGGCAACGCAGAUGUUCCAGGAGCUCGUCCCACAAUCCAUGCUCAGCGAGGGGCUCCUCUGCCCUAGCAUGAGAAGGAUGCCGGAGAUUGGCAGCAGCCUGGCGGAGAGCUUCUCCGGGGUGCUCGAAUUCAUGCGGCUGCCGAUUAAUAUCAUCGUUCUCUUCCCUGCCGUCUUCAGCGCCGGCGACUGGUACAGAUUCACGGAAUGCCCCUCUGUAACAUUCGGGCAUUCAUUGCUGCUGGCAUGUGGGAAGGAUAUACUCAAUGUGGACAAUGCAUUCCGCUCGUUCCAGCGCGCCUCCUCUCUGUAUUACAUGUCGUUUGUAAAGAUCGCAACAUUCGGGCAGCAGCUCAGCAAGAACAACGUGGUGCUGCUCUCGAUCAAGCAGAUGGUAAUCGGGACAAGUGUGAUCAAGACCUACCAAUCCUCCGGUGCCCCGAAAUUCAUGGACGUUGUGCUGACGGCCGUAGAUUUUAACAAACCCCUUAAGAGACUGACCUCUACGCUCACAUUCUCUAUGCCCCCAUGGGUGCGAGUAUUUGGCAGCUUUGUCAGGGUUGGCAGCAACAGCAUCAUCCUCUUCCUGCAUCUCAUGGAGAGGCUGAUCAUGGAGUAUGUCCUGAAGCUAGCCGCCGGCCAGCCCAUCGAUGCCGGGAUCUUCUAUGUCCUCACAGGGUUGCACGACGACGUCAGCCAGUAUCUCCUGCAGCCCAGCAUCGAGAUGUGCGAUGGUGCCAGCAUGAUCCUCGGCUAUUCCAACCCGCCCGCCUCGGCCCUCAGGCAUUUCUGCCGAAUGUUUGCAACGUCCAUGCUGGACGGGUUUGAUUUUGUGAAUGUGUUUUUCGUGUACUUCCCUGUGGUCACCUGCGUCUGCAAAGAUGCACAGGGCAAGGACUACAGCCAGUAUGUGAAGGACUCUUGCUACCCUUGGGCUCCCGUUGCAUUCCGACCGGUGAUCAGCGAUCUUCUGCAGCUCUCAGGAGGGAGCCGCACCACGAUGUGCAGCCUCAUGGUGAACCUGACAAACGACAAGAUCACCACCGCGUUCGACAGUACAUUCACCGAGCUCUACCGUGGCAUCAGCAGCAUUGGCUCGGUCUUUGAUUACCUCUUCAUUGCGUUCGAUCCCAAGAGUGGCAUAUGCGACAACUUCUACACCUCCGACUACGUGAUGGCGAUCCUCCCCGAGCCGGUGGAUUACUUCCAGAUGUGCGCACACACAAACCUCUGCAAUCUGGCGUGCGGGGAGGAGUACAACGCAUUCGACACGGCCCUGAGGCAGGUCUCACAGGGAAAGCCUCUGGUGUACCAGAUGAACCAGACGACAAGCAUAGAGAGCCGAUUCUUCAGCUCCAACGACGAGUACUACGGAACCAACAGGCUCCCAUUCAACAUCAUCACCAUGGUUGAGAUCUCGGGGUGCAACCGCAUCUGCCACGGUGACAUAUCCGUCUCCGGCCCACCGCAGCAGCCGGAUCGGUGCAUCGCGAUCGCCGGGAUUGACACCGGGCUGAAUCUGGUGUCCAAGGCGUAUUGCCUGCCGUCGAACCUCAAGACGGGGAUCCGGACGAGUGCGGUCGUCACCGACGGGUCCUUUGCCAACAAGGCGAUCGAUUACUCGGUGGCGGAGAGCAAGGAGUGGUCGUCGUCGGUGAUGCGGUUGAGCUAUGCCAGCAUCAAUCUCAUUGACUCCAUCGGUGAGAGCAACAUCCUGGUGGCCGCCACGGUGAGCAGCGUCUUCCUCAUCAGCAACCAGAGGCAGAGCUACACCCUUGUGCAGACCAUUCCAGCGUCACAGAACCCGAUACUCCUCACCGAUCUCUACACCAUCGAGGAUAUGGUGGUCUUCCCAAGCGACGACAUUGCGGAUAUCUUCAUAGAAGGAACCACCAUACAGACCAUCAAUGGCAACCCUUCCACGGCAUGGGUCUGCAUUCACAUCUAUCUUGACACGAAGAAGUUCGCGCAGCUCGUAGCACUGAAGACCUCUGCCUACACAAUCCAGCAGUGCUCUGACAAUCAGAACAUCUUCUCGACCAUCGACACCCCCUAUGUGACAUGCCUGGACCCCUCCUGCAGUGGGAUAGCGCUGUUCCCCAUUACGGAUGGCUACAGCGUCAGGGUUUGUGAUCGGAACGUGGACGUCCUCACCUGCCACCCCACGGGGAUGAGCUCCAACCUUGCGACAACCCUGGGAUUGGCCACCGUGGCGAACCCCAAGAUAUCCAUCACACAGGACAACCAGAUCAUACGCCAGACACCGAAGAUGUCGCAGAACUCCCUCUCUGGAUACAACGGGCCCUCGCAGCAAUCGUCCAUGACCAUCUUCGCGAUUGCAAACGAGAGGGUGACAACAACGUGGCUCUCCGACAUCCGCCUGAAUAUCGCCUCCGGUGUGUGGGCGGGGCAGAGGGCAUUCAGCACUGCCUACCAGAUCCUGACAACGCUCAAGAAGAACUGCAGCGUUGACGAUUGCACGGGAUGCAUGGGAUACCCCACUGUGCAGAGGCUCUGCUAUGCGGCAUCGCAGUGCGCGGUUGCCAACUGCAUAGGGACGACGGUGAACUACCAACGCCCACUCUGCGCCAUCGGGGCGUCGGCAGAGAUGGUCACAAGACAGAUCCUCACGAUCCUACAGAGUAUCUACAUGAUCUUCUCACAGAACAUGAAGCUCCUUGUCGAUGCAAGCACGGGACAGCUCAACGGUGUGGUGAGGAUCGAGUGGCCCGACGAGGUCUUCGCCUCCACCAUGUGCGAGGCCAAGGACAUCAUUGUCACCACCGUGGGGAUGAUCGCCUCGCUGAUCAACGGCAUCACGAUGAAGGCGCAGCAGAUCCUGAGCUCACAGGCUGUCUCCCUCGUCCCCUUUGACCCCAGCUUCAAUGCGCGCUCGACCCUGUCUAUGGCUAGCAUCACAAACAUGUUCUCACAGAUACUGAUACUGCCUAUCUACAUAGCAACCGUGACACAAAAGAUCAUGGUAUGCACAACCAACAGCGUGCUGGGGAUCCUGAACACCGAUCUGUUUGGCAACAUGCAGAUGGUCAUCAGCAAUGCCGACAUACAAUCGGCCACGGCAGACAUGACAGGCGUCUGCCUCACUCAGGUGUUUGGGCAGGACGUCCAAUCGUUUGCCCUUGGCGGCAGCUCCUCCACACUAAACAACGCGGCCUCGCAGGUGGCCAGCCGCUUCAUCGACCUGGGGUUUACGCUGAACCUCUCACCGCUGUACCACUCCGCGGAUGCGACGCUGAGCUACAUGCGAGGCGUGGUCUACGGGUUCAUGGAUGUGCUGCAGACCAUCGACGAGAAGCACUGCAAGCUGCCGGAUAUCACAACGACGACCAUUGCAAAGUGUGCGUGCGGGGACUAUGCUCACCACAUCAACAGCGCGAGGAGGGGUGAGGGCAUCCGGGAGCAUGCCUUCUGGUGCACCGGUGUGAUGCAGAUCCUGAGGUCCGACGGCAAGCCAUACCUCAUAUUCAACCCGUACACGUUCCAGGAGCUGGUCGACGCAUGCCGAUACAACCCAUCGACGGGCAAGGGGAUGGAUGCCUACCUGCGUUGCAUGGCUACCACCACGCGGUUUGGGAGCUGCGACACCUACCGCCCAACGCUCCCCUUGUUAGAGCGUCAGGGGAUCGAUGCAGGGACGGUGCUCACGCGCUGCCGAUCCAACUUUGCCAACAAGGUGUGGGACACGGGGGCUGCCUACAUCUCCAACUACAAGCUCUAUCCAGACCUGCAAAACCUUGGAUUCAUCAUCGACAAUGUGUACAACCCCUCAUUCAUCCAGCAAUCGGUGCUGAAUUGCUUCUCCGAGUCCGUGCGCGUGGGAACCGGAACGGAUGCCUGCCUCCUCGGCUACCUCACCCUGAUGAACACAAGCCGUGUGAAUUACUUCCUGUAUAGCAUCGCAAGCUUCUCCUCCGACAAUGCGGACUAUGCAGACAUCGAUGGCUGCGAGGUCUUCACGGGUCCGGCACAGAACCCCAAUCCGGCGAUUGCCCACGAGUUCAGCCAGUGCCUGAGCACCUCGCUCUCCUCACAGUGCCAGCUCCCGCAAUACAUCUGGUCGGGGAGGACGAGCAACCGCGUCCCGAUCGCCUCGCUGCAUGCGGUGAGCUACGUGCCCGGAUCGCAGGCCCUGUACCAGUCCGUUCAGGACGAGUACGAUGCGGUGGCGGCGGAGGCCAGGGCGCUAUUCACACCCGAGGUGCUGGGCUGGUCCAACACAGAGCUGGACCUCAACUUCUUCUCAAUGGAGGGGGAUGUCAUCCACCAGCUCUUCGACUGUUACUUCCUAGGGCCGUUCUCCGCAGCCGAGCUCUGGCCGUCGGGCGGAUCGCGCUCGCUUCAGGUCCUUCAGUACUACCGAUCCUCCACCCUGGAUCGCACAUUCCAGAUUCCAUCGGCAGGCUGCGACCCCGCCCAAGACGCAUGCUGCCCGCAGGUCUCCCCCUUCUCCUGCGGCGGGCCGGGAAGGAUGGCAAUCAUCCACAGCUUCAUCCAGACGCUGAAGAGAUUCAACACCGAUAGCAGCAACAACCUGCUCCGACAGGCCGUGCAGAAUGGGGUGAGGGCGAAGCUGAGGCAAUUCCGCGAUGUCCUCACAAACACCCUCCUGUUUGGCUGCCAGUGCGGAGACGGAACGAACAACCUCCGUUGCUGCAAGGCCAACGAGCCGGACCUCUGGACUUCGAAGGACAUCCAGGGCAUCAACUUUGACAUCCUAGAGACGGAGGAUGUGCUCUCGGGCAUCUACGAGAAGAUCAACCAGCACAUCAUCGACAUCUACACCAAUGUGACAAUGUUCAAUGAAUACUCCUCCAACCUCACGGAGAGCCAGAAGACGCAGGCCAAGGAUGAGUCCCUGUUUGACACCUCGAAACCCAUCCUCCGGUACGACACGGAGGACAUACUCGACCCGAAAUCGUCGCAGAACCUCUGGCAGGUGUGCACCAACGUUCUCUCGCAGACCUUUGCCGUCCUCCCCCUCAACAGCACGCUGGACGGGCUUGCACUUGACACCAUCUACAGCGCCUACCAGCACGAUGCCACGGCGACCCCCUCCUCGGGAUACGUUGACGGCAUCGAGGAGACGGUGCAGACGCUGCUCUCCAAGGCCAAGGCAGAGUCGCCGUUCUAUCACGGAUUCAGGGGAGGGGAUGUGAGGUACAUGCCAUCCAAGAGCCAGCGAUGCAGGGACUCCCAAUCCACGGUAAGGCCCGUCGCCUAUGACAUCCUCCCCUCGGCCUCGGGCAACCGCAUCACCCUGGAUGCCAGCGGGACAUCCUACACGAUGCCCCCUCAUCUCACGGGUAUGCAGACGGCAUCGUACGGGGCCUACGGGCUGAACCUGUCCUCUUUCACCACCCGCUGCUACUGCGGUUGGAAAUCCACAGACGGCACAAGCUGCUCUGUUCCCACGGGUGUUUGCCAGACGGCGUCUUUGCAGGGGACCGCUCUGGACGCCGCAACAAUACAGGAAUUCUACUCGAUCUGCUCUGCAGGGUCCUAUUCCACCUUCUCGCAGUGGUUGGCGGUUUACCGUACGAUGGAAGCCGUGUGGAUGCCCACCUGGGUCUGCACGGAUAUGCAGCUGUCGGAUGUAUGGGGAAUUGUGAGCGAUACCAAGGUGGACAAGUGGGCCGUGGGAGUGCAGGGCUCCCUCUUGGGGGGUUACGACUUUGACUGGGCGGACCUCCUCACGCAUGGCACAUCUGGGUUGAGGCUUGCCAACAUGGAUUACCUACAGCAGAACUACCCGGAGUUCCUCAAUCCCUCGUCCCGAAAGCACAAACUGUACAAUGCAGACACCGACACCAGUGCUGCCAUCGAGGAUUGCAUCGAUGACACCAACAGCGAUCACUCCAGCAAUGGGUUCAAGGACUACGUCAAGGACCUGGCAAGGGUGGAUGCACACUUCCGCGAUCAUCUGAUGCCCAUGGCGAGGACGGUUCACUCCUCGUCCACCGAGGCGUUCUGCUCAAGGUUCGUGCUGGAGCUGGCACGGCUGGAGGCCCUGCUCCACGUAGACGCCAUCUAUCAAUCCACCACACCGAACCCAGAGAUAGGAUCACAGAGGACAACGGUGGAUCUCUGGAGGCUGCGAUGCGUGACACAGGUGCGGCUUGUCUCGCUCUGCAAUCUGCAUGGGAUCUACGACAUUGUGCCAUCUGGCGGCCUCUCCGCCACCUUUGACAGCUCCAAGUGCCCCUAUUCUCAUUCUGUGAGCUGCACCAAUGCCUACGCAACCUCGGACUGCCUUGUGUACUGCGACGGGGUCUUCCACGACCCGUGCCUCUGUGCAAGCCUGCAGGGUGUGGCAUGCAAGGGAUACACCUGGUCCGACACCACCGGCACCUGCCAGCUCCCCAUCGAUCCGCGCACCCUCGACGACGACGACAUGCGCCUGUCCACCAUGACCGUGCCAACAGUGGUUCCGAGCGAGGAGCUGCAGAACACAGGUCUAUCCGCUUCGGACAUGCAGACCCUCGCAUCCAGCAUCAACACCUACGAGCAGCAGUAUAUCGACACCUUCCAGAUGACUCUCAACGACAGGCGCAACCUGCAGACGGUGUCGAUCCUCGGUGGAAGGCUCGGGGAGGGCCUCCUAGCAGGGACGGCGCUGGGGAGCAACGAGCACGCCGAUGCCCUCCUCGACUACUGGCCAAGCCACUGGAUCCACCCGACGGGUUACCAUGUCACCACCGGCUGCCGGCACACGGAGACGGCAUACAGGGCGUUCGACACCUGGAUGUCCGUCGACUAUGACACUGCCACCGACGAGCGCUACCUCGUGCUCGACACGCGGAGACUGCAGAACGAGACGCUGCUUCGCAAUUACUUUGGUGCCGCCUCCACCUGCAGCUCGGCAUCCUACGGCAUGCCCAUGUGGGAGACCAACAACGUGAGGCUCCAAAGCCGAUGGACCAGCGGGCAGAGGAUGGAUCCCACACAGCCCAUCAAGGCAGACACCGCCCCCUCUGGCACCUUUGUGCAGUCCACGGCUGCAACGAGCUGGAGCGAUGUCCCAAGCAACGGCCGGCAGUCGGACCAAUCCUUCCCAUCGUCGGGCAUGCUCUACCGCUGGUGGCCAGGCAUGCUCCCAGCGGUAUCCUGGCCCCAGUCAAGCACCGACUUGCAGCGCUACCGCCUCCCCAAUCACACGGCGGUGGGAUGGAACGGGGACUGCGGCCAGACCGACUUCUUUACCUGCACCGCGGACGGGGACUGCGUCUCACUCUAUGGGGAGGGUUUCAAGUGCCUGAGGGCAUGGUCGGACGCGGAGGGGAAGGAGAUGGACGGGGUGUGCGUAGUGCAGAAUGCAUUGGCAAUGGAAUGCUACCAGAAUUAUCAUUGCGGUGCCGCCGGAAGGGUCUGCACCGGCAUGGGAACCUGUGUAGACCCGCACGUCAUGCUGCGGAACUACGCCCCGUGGCCCGUGGAGAUGCAUGUCAAUUCGGAGGCAUGCGGCACGGAGACCCUCGGUCAUUCACCCUGGCAGAACUCGCAGGACUUCCUCUCCCGGCACGGGCUCUGCGGCUUCCGCUCCUGGUUCGAGUACGAGCAGCUGAUCGCCCGCUCCGGGGUUGCGGGUGCUGCAACAGCGACGCUGGCAAAUAUCCCCGAUGACAUCCAAUGGCCCAGCACAGACCCAUACCUCACCGACGCGCAGAUACGGCUCGACAUGUUCGACCGCGGGAUCCUGCAGAUGGAGCCUCACACCUGCGAUAUGGACUACCAGUUCCAGUUCCCAUCCUGUGUCGGCAAUCCAUCCACUACUGUUGACAGCCUUGGGAUCCCCUUGCCGGUGGAGGCACAGGGGGAGACUACCAGGACCUGGGUCUCGUCGGGUGACAACAAGUGGUCCCUGCAGCUCUGCAAGCUCGGCAGCCUGGAGAGGAAGAGGACGGGAUUCCUGGCCCCUUACCAGGGGUACAACCGUGAGGACUCCUUUGGGAACAUAUCCCUCUCCCUCUCCAUGUGCUCCGAACUGCAGAUCUGCUUCUUGCAGGACUUCUAUGUCAUGGGAUACAAGAUGCAGGGCAGAUUGAUCAACAGGCUCAACCUGCAGAAUCUUGGGACGAGGAGGGAUGCCUACACCCUGCAGGACGCACUGUAUUGCGGCAGUGCCGGAUAUCUUGUGGAUCUGUCAACCUCCUCCACAACCCUGACGGAUGGGGUCCCAUGCCGUAUGGACCCAUUGACAAACCCCAUCGCGCGCAUGCUAUGCGAGGACUACGACGUCCUCAAGGCCUCCUGUCAGUUCAAUCCUUCGUACAUCAACGAGCAGGCAGUAGGCACCCUCUGCCGCUACUACAAAUACAGCUAUGCAUUGGCAGACCGGAACAAGGUGGCAAGCGCGUUGAAUGAUAUCCUGCUCCGUGGUUUCAAGCGAGGUUUCAACACCUGGGAGGAGUACCAGCAGCAGGCAGUGUGCAUCGCGAAUGUGUACAAUACGAUGUCGCUCUACGCGCAGUCCGAAUCAACCAACGAGGCAACACAGUGGUAUGCAUACGAGUUCGAGCCCGGGGUACCCACCUACUUCUACCCCUACAUGACGCUGUACUUUUAUGAUGACGCCUCACAGAUGGAGAUCCCGAUGAAGUGGUGGGCGCAGUGCGUCAUUCUAGACGGCGACGUGAACAUCGACGGCAUGAUCGCCGGCAACAUCGAUCAAGUGCCCUGUGCGGGCUGGAAGAACUCACACACCGCGGGCUAUCAACCGUCGACGGUGAGGCAAUUCCUGAUGAUGGCCAAUGCGCUGUACCUGCAAUCAUCGAGGCGGGCGGUGGUGAACCAAGACCAGAUUGCCCUCAGCAUCUACGACACGCUGUACUCGAAGCUGCUGCAGGCGCAGGCCGACGUCACGGCAGCGAUGGGCUAUUCCUCGCACCCUGAGUACAUCAACCUGACUUACGUGCAGCUGCGCAAGCUCCAGAGCCGUUACAACCACGAUUGGGCGUACAACCAAUACACCACCUCGAGCGAUGUCAUCUCGGACAGCACCAAGAUCACCAACACGGACCCUGUCUAUCAGGACGACGGCGGGCUCCCAGCCGACGACGGAAUCCCAGCGCUGCUCACCCAGGUCCUGCACUUCAUCCUCAGCGGUGACAUCAACCUGGGAUACGCCGCUGCCAACUCGGGGGUGAACCGCACGGCGAGGGCAAACCUGGCAUUCCAGAGGGCGGAUUUCGCGACAGACUUCCUCUCGCGAGACAAGCAGUACUUCGAUGCCACCAGCGGCAUCCUGCAGUACAACUUCCCGAAUAUCUUCCGGCGAUUCCUAGACUCGGAGCUCGACUCGAUCCUGUCCUCCGUGCUGCGUGAAGAUGAGCCGCUGGAGGAUUUUACCUACGGAGACGUGCAAUACAACGGUGCACUGUUCCGAAGGUAUCAGAGCCUCAUACGGGACAACACGCUGCAAACCACCGCAUGCCUGUACAGCAACUUCCCCGGUUACGAGCCUGGGAUCACCAAGAACCUGGAUCAGGAUCCCGAGGUGCGACUGUGUGACUCUGCGCAGAACUGCCGUUCCAUCAAUGUCUGCAAUCCAACCCCAUCCUACGACCAACGCACGGGGCAGUCCUGCGAUUUGCUUCAUGCUUCGCAGGAUGACAGGUGCACCAACACGUACCUCAACGCCCCAGGGGUGAAUGGUGGGAAUAACAUCUCAAUGCAGACGCAUUGCAAGCAGUUCCUCUUUGUGCGGGACAUACAAAGCGCCGUCAACCCAUCGCUGGCCUCGGUGCAGUUCACAACCAUUGAUCUCGACGUCACCAACCCAGCUGGCGACAUCUGCUUGCGCACCGACUCCACCUGCCUGCGAGACAGCCAGUCGCUCGGCGGGUUCUCUACCCCCGUCGACCUUGUGCAGUCCGUCAGGGGUGUUGACAUCUACGUGUUCUAUCGCGACGGGACGGCGGGGAGCCGCGAUCCCAAUGCGGACGAGUUCUACUCUGUGGAAUACCCCAGGACGAGCACGAGAUGGUACCCUGCCUGGGUCGACUGCUUCAAUGUCACGGGGGUGAACAAGAGCCACCUGCUGUCAUGGACGGGCUGGGAUGCGGAGACGGUGGGUUCGGUGCAGAGCACGCUGAACUCAUGGUAUGCCGGGACGGGGCAGCAGCCCAACUUCGCCGUCCUCUCCAACGAGGCCAUCUGGAGCCGGUACGGGGCAAGACCCACUGGGGUCUCUACACGCUGCAGCACCGAUUCUUGCUCUACGAGCCUGGGAUCGGUGAGCCCCUGCCCUGGCAAGGUCUGCAAUGUUGCCCGCGACAACAGCCUCGUGCAUGCCAUUGCCCUGCAUCUGCAGAAUGCAACGGAGAUCUUCUGUGCCAGCAGCGCGACGGACGCGCUCUCCAAGUGCCCGCUGAGGUCGGUGAAUCAGAGCGUAUUGGCAGAGAUCAUGAACAACCUCUGGAUCUGCAAGAGUGACUGCGCCCGCGUGCCGUUGCUCAAGUAUAUCGGAAAACACCUGUACCGCUACAGGAGGAUCGACGAAUCCGUUCUUGGCUUCACAAGCUCUGACAGGAACUACAUCGGCCUCACAGGGCAGAGCUCAGCGGCCAAUGGGCAGAUCACGUCUGGCAACGGCCUUCUCCCUUCCGACCUGUACAACCAGCUGUGGAUAACGCCGGAUUUCCUCAGCCUUUCAUUCAUGGACACCAACAGCAAGUAUCCCGACACAACGCUGAACCUCUACGAGCUGAACAGCUACAGGGCACAGGCCGAGACCAUGCGUCUCCAACCCCUCGACAAGUGCAUCAACCAGAUUGUCAAGACCACCGAAUGCACACCGGCGUCACACAGGGAGAGCCUCAAGUCGUGCCUUGCGCAGUACAAGCGGAAGUCUGCAAGCGUCGCUGACCUCGAGCAAUCCGUGCUAACCAAGCUCACGGCUGCACAGGUGACCUCGAUGCACAGCCUGCACUGGGCCAAGGCUGCGAGGCCGUCGCGAGAUCAAUACCUCGAUUGGGUGCUGAGCGAUAUGCGCUGCGAGGAGACGCUGCAAUCCGAGGCCGUUUGCUACAGGACCUUCGACGGCUACGUGCUCUCGCUCAACCCAUGGCUGGGCGGGGGCUUCAACAUCAGGGAUGCCUGCGACACGGUGGUGCUCCCCAAUGAGUUCAGCACCGUCAUCAGCGGGGGUUGCAAGACCGGGAUCUCCGCCUGCACGGAGUACAACUCCCUGGUCUAUGCCCAGUGCAUCACAAAGAACAACCAGCCCCCAUCCCGCAUCGACAUCCUGAGCACUGCAGGCAACAAUCUCUGCAACCGCGGGAUUCGCGUCAACACAACCUGCCUGCACGAGCAGGGAAGCUUUGGCGGCGGGUCCGGGACGACGAUGGAGGAUCUCUAUACACGCCCGGCCACCUCCAUGCCUUACUCGGGCAUCUUUGGCUCGAAUCCAAACCCUGCAUUCCAGGCCCGCUCGCCACAGUUUGGCAUCCUGAAGCAGUCGCAGAUGGACAUCGGGGGGUCGCUCCUCGUCGCCGACCUCGCCCCGCUGCCCGACGGCGUCACGCACAACCUGCUGCCGAAAUGCCUGCCCCUUGCCUAUGCAACCAAUGCGGAUACCUCCCCGAGCACCCCAGGGAUCGACCCAUGCGCAUCCAACAACCUCGAUUGGCUUAAGACCUACGCCAUCGAUUCCCGCUCGGAUUACGAUCUGAAUGCGGCCGAGCUUGGCAGCGCAUCGCAGAACGGGGCGGUAUCCUGGGACUGCCCUGUGAGGGAGAUGCACUACUGGGGAGGAUCGUCGCAGUCCUUCCGCCCCAAGGCACCCUACGGGCCCCGUGCAGCGACGAUGUUCUCGGAGACCAACCAGAUGGGCGGCACGGUAGGGAACGGGAUGUCCAACCCCAUGCAGCCCUUUGGAACCACGAUCCCAGACCUCGCAGACCCAUUCUUCGUGAGCGAGAUCUGCAGCUGCUCCUCGAAGUCGGACUGCUCCUUCCUCACCACCGACACGGCGAGCAGCUGUGGGCUGUACCAGACGGUCGAUCUCCUCACGGGGAACCAAUGGAAGACCAAGCAGAGCUACGCGGGAACGCAGGGAUGCAAGCGGAGCCUUGACUGGCCCAACACCAAGGGCGUCCUCCGCGACGGCACCGACCUAGGGAGUGCGGCACAGAACACAGACUGCCCCGUCCACGAUCGUCUCAGGGAGUUCCAGCUCAGGUAUCUCCCUGUGAGCAUCACGGCGGAUGCCGGCAUCACCACCCUGGACGCGGGAGGGGAAUGCCACACAGGGCGCCUCGUCCGCGUCCCAAGCACCGUUCCCAUCGGGGGGAGAUGCCACCGGUACAACUUCUCACACCUCGAGUGCAGCACCACAGCCCUCAUCGCGGGGAAGCCAGUGACGAGCACUUCCUUGCACGCCCUCGACGUUCCAUCCCCAACGGACUUUGUCACGCAAUUCCAGGCCAACCAUAGGAGGACAUUCCAGGAGUGCCAGCCCUCGCCACAGCUCAGAUCCUACGUCGACAGAACCGACAACGCCAGGAACCCCGUAUCCAGCAGCAUGAGACAAUUCACAAGCUUUGGGGUUCCCGUGAGGCUCUCCCUCUCCCGCACGAUGGCACAGGACCUCCGAAGGCAGAUCUGUGGCAAUUCCAUCGAUUGCCCGUUGCUCGACAACGCCAUCGACCCGAGCAAGUGGACCGUCGACAGCUUCCUGCAGGCCUACCUGCAGGAUUUCACCUCGCUCUUCCAGAUACAAAGCAGCGCCUCCAUCUCCACCCCGGCGCCGCCCAAUCCCGUGAAUGACAGCAAGUUCUGGGACAGGGAAUGGGUCUUCUGCUCCGACAGCGACCGGUACUCCAAACCCUACUCCAACAGGAAGUGCUACGGAUCCAUCCCGAAAGAGACCUGGCUUGACCCUAAGCAGCGCUUCGGUGCGUGCCGCGAUGCCAUGUCCGCGGCCCCAACCACCAGCACGAUGAUCCCCAUACGCAUAUGGACGCUCGACUCUACGAUGAACAACCUCUCAACGCACGUCGCAAGCCUCCUGCAGAGGAUACAGGCUGCCAACUGCAAGGCCGCGGGGGUGUGCGUUGAAUCACGCUUCCUCUACAACCCGUCGGCCUACAGCAUAUCCAACCAGGCCUUUGUGACGCAGACGGUGCUGGACUUCUACCAGUCGGUGAGCAGCGAGGCGUGCUCCUCGGUCUACACCACACAGGAGAUUCAGGCGGUGAUCGCACAGAACAACAACAUGAAGAAGCAGUGCGCGGCAGAGUUUCUUGUCCCUAUCUACAAGCUGUUUGGGGAUCUGAGGCAGAUCGUUCAGACCAUUGUCAAGCUCGUCUUCUACGCAGGGAUGAUGGGGUUCAACUUCAUGCAGCUGCUGCUAGGCAUCAACUCCGAUCAGGUCAUGCCACAGGUGAUGCAUUGGUUCAACAUGUUCAUCAACGAGGCAAGGGUGCUGUUUGAGCAGAUCGGGAACAUGGUGUUUGAGCUCAUACGCUCCGCUCCCUUUGGGGAUCAGCUCAUGAAGAUCAUCAAGAUCAUCUGCACCAUCAUCAACUGGUUCCUGAACAAUUUUUUCUUCCCUGUCAUCUGCCCCAUCCUGCACUUUGUAGGUGACGUGUGUACGGGCAUCGGGAAUGCCCUCAAGACAAUCCAUGACAUCAGCAUCAUCGGGAUCAAGCCCUUCACCUGGAUCGUCUACCAGAUAUACCUGGAUGUCGGGAACAAGCUCAAGUCCAUCGAUUGCAAUGCCAGGAAUGUCCUCAAAUGUGACAUUGGGAAUGCCUUCCCACCGCAGGCGGAAGAUGGAACCCUGCCGACGCCCACCCGCUGCUGGGCCAGCUACAUCACCAGCGUGAGCGACGGGGCCCGCCUCUCCUGCUCCGCCUCGGACACCUGCCUUCGCGCCACGGCCUCGAGCGGGUCGGACACGAUGGUGUGCGACGCAUGCCCCUACGGCGGAUCCACCAGCACGGUGGCAAGGUACGGGUGCGAUCCCAUACGGAAACAGUGCAUGUGCAACGUGAUGCAGACCUACGAGACGCCGUGCAUGACGCACGAGCAGUGUGUCAACCAGAUCGAUGCCACCUGCGUCUUCAUGAACAGCGACAUACAGCCGACCUUUGGAAACAUCCCGUGUGCACAGUGCACAACGCAGCCGAUGUGCAUCCUGCAACCCGGGAAGACCUACGGCUCUUGCUCUUGCUUCCUCACGCGGGUGGACCCACAGGGCUGCUCCAACAGCGAUGUCACCAAGGCGGUGGCACCGAAGCUCUCCGGCCUCUGCCUUGCGCAGGUGACCACCUCCAUGGGUGGGUUCUCGGCAUCCUCCAGCGCAACCUACACGAUAAGCUACAACAACCUCCUCGCCACACCUUGCUACAACAGCAACUACGACCAGGUGUAUUGCUACAGCGUGUUCAGCUCGUUCUUCAGCUUUGCACCGAUGCUCGUCUCCAUUGGCAUCAGCGGCAUGUCUGGCGCCGGCGCCUCGGGCCCUUACGGCCGCCGCCUCCUCGGUUUGGACUCCCCAGAGUUCUACAGCCACGACGCCACCUGCAUGGACGCCUACGACGAAUACCUCCUCUCCAACCGCACCACCCGCGUGUUUGUCUCUUGCAUCACCAGGUUCGCUGCAACCUACGAUGUUGCAAGGCGGCACGGCAUCGAGGAUCGCAUCCCUCCCAACAUGUUCGUGAGCCUCACCGACCUGAUGGAGACCAUAGGGAAUGAUCCCACCGCCCUCCUGCUGCUGCUGUACAAUCCCACCCUCGUGCUGGAGCUUGGCAUGCAGACCAGCAUCUUCCAGCGCUUGCACCGCUAUUACCACGUGUGGACGAGGGUGUUCCACGACCUCUACUACGAGAUCGCAAUCCACGGCACGAAGAGGAACAACAGCCUUCAUUAUCGCAUAGAUAUCGACGGCGGGAUGUACAUCCACGGUGACAACAUCAGCGAGACGACGCUCCUCCUCCUCAACAUCCUCCACGGCCUCUCCUCCCACUUCAACCGCUCGGGGGUAGACGGCCCGCUGGCGAUCCAGAACCAGCUGGCGAUGAAGCACAUCCUCAGCAUCGCUGCCGAGGGGCCCUUUGCCAUGCACCUCCUCGAGAACAUCACCAACGCAUCCAUCGGCAGGCACCUGCUGCAGACCUCAUGGCAGACACAGAGGAGCGAGGUGAAGCGGUUCACCGCCUCCACCUCCCUGAAUGACGGCAUCGUCGAGCCAGUUGGGGCGGCGACCAGCAACGCCUGGGUGGACAGCCCCUUUGCAUGGCCCGUGAAUUACGACAUCCCGCAGACCCUCGGGUCGUGUGCGCUGCUGUCCAACACACUGACGCUGACGAGGAACGCCUUUGGCAACGUCACACUCUUCUACACCCAGGGCUCCCUCCUCGCCGCCAGCCCCCGCAAGGUGGUUUCAGGCAGCUGGCCCCUAAGCGGCCUGCCGCAGACCAAGACUGUGCCACCGCUGCAGAGGCCCGUCAACGGGGAUUGGAUCUCGACGAUGGUCUUCACUGUCGUAUCCGCGCUGGAGCACACGCCGUUCAAUCGGCAGUUCUUCUACAAUGCGCUCAUGGCAUCGCCUGGAUUCCUGCAAGACUUCCUCCGGUGCGACCGGUCGGCCGUGAUGCUGUGCUCCAAGCACAAGUACACACUGCUGGUCUCCGGCAUCGUCGUAGGGAUACUGCUCGCGGGGACCACUGCGGUGAUCACUGCCUUCCAGAUCCCCUACGUGAGCACAUUCCUCUGGGGCACGUACCCAGUCAUCACCAGCUACUACGCCUUUGGUGUCUCCCCCUUCUGCGCACCGAUGAUCCCGACGUGCUUCAUUCAGGACUUUGUGGAUAUUGCCAACGUGUUCUUCCCCUCGUCCUUCCGCUUCCCCGACAGCCUGCAGACCUCACCGGGGUGCCUCAACGACCCGGCGGUGGUCAAUAGGGAGGCAUGCAUCAUCCCUUGCAGCGACGCGCCGUUUGAAUUCAACACGUGGGAAUCCGAGAUCGCAUGGUGGACUUGCUUCAUCUCUACCGACCUCUGCAGGUCUCUGGGGGCGUCCAUCGCUGGAUUCCCGGCCGCGGUUCAGUUCACCUCGCUCAACCGGCACAUAUCUGUCAAGGCAGCCAUCAUCGAUGCAUACCAAGAAGACAUGAUCAACGCACAAUUGAAGACAUACACCAUACUGCUCGAGGUUGUCCGCCACAGCAGGCAGAUGCGGGAUCUCAGAGGCAUCCGCUUCUUCUACCUCGGGGAGGGGGUCUCCGGGAAGUGCUUCCUUGCCAAGCAGGAGGGGCAUGCCUUGGUGAUCAAGCUCUUUUCAAGCCCAACGCUCUUCAUGGAAGAGACCCAGAUCAACCGAUACCUUCUCGAUCAACUCUCUGACUACAGAGAGAGGGACCACAUUGGCACCUGGUCGGGAUUUGGGAUGUUAAAGAAGGAAUACAACCGAAUCAUUAGAGAGCUUCCAGAGGAUCUGCCGCCAACUGGCCCGCCUGCACUCCCUCUCGGUCUAUCACACGACAUCCGAAACCACAACAUCGUCAUCAACGAGGAUGGCUCUGCUUAUCUCAUCGACUGGGGGAAUGCUUUCAUCCCCAAGCUCCACCCCAAGGCUUACAACAAGGACGGGACAAUAUCCCACCUGCCCAAUCCGACCCUUUGCCCCGAAUCCAUCAAGCUCAAGAUAUCCUGCAUGACCAAGAACACCAUGGAUUAUCCCAUCGUGUGCAGGGCCAAUGCCUUCACCUACCACGACCUGGAGGCCACGGACUUCUACGCACUGACGAUGGUGUUUGUCAAGAUCUGCAAGGCAUGCAUCCAGAACGAUAUACACCUGCGGGAUGCCAUCGGCGGGUUCCUGCAAUGCAUCUACGAGAAUUGCAACAACAACCAGGACAUAUUGAGACCAUUCAUACUGGAGGCGAUCAUGGAGCACUUCGACGCACACCAAUGCAUGGAAUUCUUCAAGGCAUGGAGUAUAUUGAACUCGAAUUGA